GUAUUUAGAUGAACUGGUCGAUAUAGAGACGGUUGCAGCCUGUCACACUUGGCUCGAAAAACUCUCCACGUAUGCAGAUACAGCUCAGCGCAAUAAGAAACUUUAGAGAGACGACGACCAAUCUAUGUCCGCAUUUUUUUAAACCAGGGCAAUGUAAUGGUGAUCAUAAUAUAAAUAAUACAAAAAUAAAAAUGGAAACUACUGUUGUGAAAGAAUUCGAUUUACCUAAAUUUACUAAUGAAAGUGAACUGGAAAUCAUUAAAAUAUACGAAAGUAAAAUAAUUGAGUUGAUGAAACAACACUCAAAUUCGUUAGAUGAUCUCAAACAAUACUAUGAAAGAUUGCUAGGUCGGCUUCAAAUCGCUUAUGACAAUAAUAUCACUGAAAAGGAAGGUAUAAUUAAAAAUAAAGACGAAGAAAUCGCACGACUUAACAAGAGCAUUGAAGAAAUGAAGACUCGAACGCUUUGCAAAAAAUUUAGUAUACAAAACAUUGAACAACGUCUGAGCAAAAUCGAAAUAUCCACGAGUAAACAUUUAAAAAAAUAUCAAAGGAAAAUUUUGAAGCAGCGGCAAAAAUAUAUUCGCGAUUGCUCGCUAUUGCUCGAUUUACUUCAACAAAAAUCAAUUGAUGACACUAAAGAUAAUCCUAUAGAUCCAUGCACGAACCAUUUGAAAAAACUAGAGGACAAGUACAAAAACAUCGUAGCAAAAGUACAAGCGACCGCGUUGCAGAGAAUGAUUCAAGAUCAGCUGGCCAUGGAGACCCUCGUCAAAAAGAUAAGCAGAAUAUCUUUUGUUUGUAACAAAACUUCGCAAAUGAAUAACGUUCAUAACAAAACGAAAAGUAAGAUCGAAGACCCCAACACACAUGAACCCAACGGCGUAGAAGUCAAUGACCAGAUGGAGCUAAAGAAUAAUUCAGAACUUAAAAGGUUUUUACAUACGUUUUCACCUAGCGAAGUUAAAUGUCUAGUUUUAAAAGUUCUAAAGACGAGUCUAUCUUUUCAUUGGCGCUUUAAAUUAUUUCAAAUAAGUUACCCAAUCAGCACCGCUAUUCAAAGGAUAAUCUCAAAACUAAACCAAAAACUAUCAAUCCAGCUCUACCUCAGCUGA